AUGCCUUUGCUUGACGGAAAAGAAAUAGAAAUAUUUUUCAGUGAAGAAGACUUACCAUACGAAGAAGAAAUAUUAAGGAACCCCUAUUCUGUUAAACAUUGGUUAAGAUACAUUGAGCACAAAAAGGCAGCACCCAAACAUGAAAUAAAUAUGAUUUAUGAACGAGCUCUAAAAGAGUUACCUGGAUCAUUUAAAUUGUGUCAAAUGUGUGAUCCAAGAAUAACAUCGGAGUUUUGGAAUACCUGGAAGGAAUUUGAAGUGAGACAUGGUAAUGAAGACACAAUGAGAGAAAUGCUUCGAAUUAAAAGAAGUGUUCAAGCAACAUAUAAUACCCAAGUUAAUAUGAUGUCUGCCCAAAUGUUAAGUUCGGCUGCUCAAGCAGCAGGUACUGUUUCUGAUCUAGCACCAGGCAUUAAAGAUGGAAUGCGAAUGUUAGAAGCCAAAGCAGCUGAAAUGGCUGUUCAAAGGAAGGGAGGUAACAUUAUGUUUGUUCGUGGAGAAACCCAAGGUCUGAAAGAAAGCGGUGAUAAGGUUCUCAACCCGGAUGAGAUUGAUAUUGAUGACGAAUCGGAUAACAGUGGAGAUGAAGAAGUUGCACCAGUCCAGAAAAAAGAAAUACCUGUGGCUGUCUUUGGUGGCCUUAUACCAGAAAAAGAUCAA